GAUCGUUGCUAUGGUUAUUGACAGUAGUAAAUAUUUCUAAAUACAUUGUCCAGCUGAUAUUCGUCUUCCAUUACACCAGAGGGAGACAAAUACUGAAGUAGCCACAAUAAAUGUAAUAACAUCCGCUCGAGUCUCAUGGACUAAGUUGUGCAAGUGUAGUUGUCUGAAUGGCUGUCUCAAGGUUACCGUCUGCAGCGCUUUCACUCAAACAGUUUUUACAGAGACAGAGGGUUUUGGGAAUAUACAGAAAUAUGUUGAGGACCAUACGGAAAGUACCAGAUGAGGCUGACAGGAAGUACCUCAGGGACUGGGCAAGAGAGGAGUUCAAGAGAAAUCGGAGUGCCACAGAUCAGGAUGCAAUUCGUAUGAUGAUCACACAAGCUAACAACCACCUAGAGGAUCUGCAGAAGUCUCUGGCAUUGGCCGGGAGUUAAAUGCUGCGAGCUGCUGUGUACAACGGACUGAUCUCGAUUGAUUUUGUGUGGAGACUUGAGUGUGGACAGGAACACCUUUUUAAAGGGAGUUUUGUUUCAUGCUAAUGGGAACCCAUUAACCCGUGAGGCCCAUCUGCCAUACUUUUGUUUGUGUUGUUAUAUAUGUAUAAAAGAUGAACUAAUGAAACCA